AUGGCCGACUUGAGAUUGUUAGCUAAUGUGCAUUGGUUUUUCGUGAAAGACUAUCCCCAAAAUAUAUUUAAAUUGUACAAUGUUGAUUGUGAUACAAUUACCGAAAUUUUUACCACCGCUGAAAUGGAUAUAUCACAUACGUUAGUUUCAUCAAUUGGUUACCUUGAUAUUAUACUAUUGUUUUUAAUUCUGUUCGCUAUAUUUCACUUUUUAAAUAACCGAUGGAUUUUUGAAUCCAUUGGAAAAUUUUCAGGUCAUAAACGGAAUAUUUUGAUUUUGGGUCCCUGUGACUCUGGAAAAACGACUCUUUCAAUCCAAAUAAUUACCGGUAAAUUCUUUGCCACCGUCACCUCAAUGAGCCCAUUCAGUAAAGACGUCAAAAUUGGGGAUAAUAAUUUCAACUUAAUUGAUUUCCCAGGUCAUUCAAGACUCUUUUACAAGCUUGAUGAUUAUAUUACUAAAGCAAAUUACAUAUUGUUGGUCAUAGAUUGUACCAAGAAGGACUCAGCUGUGGCAGCAGCUAAUAUUGCGUAUAAGAUCGUAACAACACACGAUUUGAACAAUGUAAAACUGCUAUGCAUUUGCAAUAAGAAUGAUCAGAUUAUAUCGCGACCCAUGGAAUCUGUAAGGAAGGAUUUCCUGCAGCAUCUAAAUACACUAUCAUUAGAUAAUGAUAGUAAAUGCCUUUUUAAGGAAUGGUGUAGCAUAUCAUCGAAGAAGGGGGAUAUUAAAGUGGUUUUAGAUUUUUUGAAAGCGUAA